UGCGCCGGCCGGUAGCUGCAGCUGGAGCGGUGGCGUUUGGAGGAGACUCGGUGCAGUGUUGGAACUCCCAUGCCCAAACUGCAAGCGACUCCCUCUGAUUUCACCGAGGGGUGUCUGGAAAGAUGAACCUCUGGUUGGGGUGCUAAUGUGAAAAAUACCUUGGGACAUACCUGCCAUUUGUUAAGAAACCUAAUGGCGAGUUCCGAAGGGAUGUUCAGAAAACUAAUGGAUCUGUACCGACACUAGAGGAAACAAUUUUUUAAGACUGCUGAGAAUGAAGGCUCCUUGAGGAGUUCCAGUAGGUAGUGGAAUUAGGUUUGCGACUUACCUCUCCGAAAGGGAUUGGCAGAAGGGAGCCAUAUUGAGCACGAGUAAAGUUGAACAGGGUAUACCUUCUCAGAAGCUUCACAGGAGGGAGAGCAGUGACAAGGAAGUUAUCAUUCUUUGCACGAAACUGGAUGGCUUCUACAGGGAGCCAGGCCUCUGAUAUAGACAAGAUUCUUGGAUUCUUCAGUGAUGGCGCACCCCCCACCAAAAAGCCCAGGAAGCUGCUUCCAAGCUUAAAAACGAAGAAGCCUCGGGAACUUGUGCUGGUGAUUGGAACAGGCAUUAGUGCUGCGGUGGCACCUCAGGUUCCAGCUCUGAAGUCCUGGAAGGGGUUGAUUCAGGCCUUACUGGAUGCCGCCAUUGAUUUUGAUCUUCUAGAAGAUGAGGAGAGCAGAAAAUUUCAGAAAUGUCUCCAUGAAGACAAAAACCUUGUCCAUGUUGCCCAUGACCUUAUCCAGAAACUCUCUCCUCGAACUAGUAAUGUUCGAUCCACGUUUUUCAAGGACUGUUUAUAUGAAGUAUUUGAUGAUUUGGAGUCAAAGAUGGAAGAUUCUGGAAAACAGCUUCUUCAGUCGGUUCUUCACCUGAUGGAAAAUGGAGCCCUGGUAUUAACUACAAAUUUUGAUAAUCUCCUGGAACUGUAUGCAGCAGAUCAGGGAAAACAACUCGAAUCCCUUGACCUUACUGAUGAGAAAAAGGUUCUAGAGUGGGCUCAGGAGAAGCGGAAGCUGAGCGUCUUACACAUCCACGGGGUCUACACUAAUCCUAGUGGCAUUGUCCUCCAUCCAGCUGGGUACCAGAAUGUGCUCAGGAACACUGAAGUUAUGAGAGAGAUUCAGAAACUCUAUGAAAACAAGUCAUUCCUUUUCCUGGGCUGUGGCUGGACUGUGGAUGACACCACUUUCCAAGCCCUUUUUCUGGAAGCUGUGAAGCAUAAAUCUGACUUAGAACAUUUCAUGCUCGUUCGGAGAGGAGAUGUGGAUGAGUUCAAGAAGCUUCGAGAAAACAUGCUGGACAAAGGAAUUAAGGUCAUCUCCUAUGGAAAUGAAUAUGCUGAUCUCCCAGAAUAUUUCAAGCGGCUGACAUGUGAGAUAUCCACAAGGGGUAGAUCAGCAGGGAUGGUGAGAGAAGGUCAGCUGAAUGGCUCCUCGGCGGCGCACAGUGAAAUAAGAGACUGUAGAACAUGAGAGGGGGCUGGAGAGAUCAUCAGCAUUAGACCAAGGUGUCAGGCCCGACUGUGGAGAGUAUUUAACAAGUAAACUUAUAAGAACCCAGCACAGCUCCAUGGAAGUACCAAAACCCAGAGGUUGAAGGUUGGGGGUAGAGUUGGGGGUUGGGGGGGUGCUCCAGCUCAGUCCUUCAUGCCCACUGGUUCUUGAUCUUCUGCGGCCUCUUCCAGUUCACGAAUCCCCAAGUGACAACGGGGCCCAGUGCAGCCUCCCCCCACCCCUGCGCUGGACAUGCCUGUGUCCACACAGCAGAUCAGUUCGACACCUCCACUGACUGUGGCUCCAGCCCUGCAUGAAGGACUUGGGAGCUAGACGCCGUGGGGUCACCGUGGCCCUUGUUGCAGUUUUGUACUCUAUACCUGGUUUUUCAAUUAAGCUUAAUGGCUUUUUUAAAACAUGACUUGAAGCUCUAGUUUUCUAGAUCUUUUACAGUGUACAGUAUUUUACAUAACUGAGCUGUAUUAAAAGCUUGUUCAUUUACUUCCCAGGGCCCUGGCUCUACUUUUAGAGUCCCUUUAGAAAACCUGCAAAGGCACUAAAUGAGCCUACUUUUUGUAACUUAAUUUAAGGGUUGUGUUCUUUCACAUUGAA